AUGAGGCUGCUGCACCGCCUCCGCCACUGCCUACUCGCUCCAUGUCGCCAACGAUUGGCAACUAAUCUCUUGUUUCAUAUCUCCCCACCGGCUCCACCUAUAUACAUAGAGACUAUAUUAAUUAUAGAUACAGGUACUAGAGAAAAGUACAUAAGUAUUGGUGUUCCACUUUACCAAGCGGCAAUCAGAGGAGAUUGGAAGGCUGCUGAAUCCAUCCUUAAAAGAAACGGAGAUCUGAUACGUUUUGCAAUCACUGAAAACGAGGAAACGCUGCUUCAUGUUGAAGCAUCAGCAGAAAGCACCAAGGGUGUGGAAGAUUUUGUGAUAAAUCUCGUAAAUUUGAUGGAGAAAAAGGAUCUGGAGUUACAGAAUAGAAGCUACAAUACUGCCCUGAAUUUAGCAGCAAUGGCGGGUAAUGAAAAAGCCGCGAGGAUAAUGGUGGAAAAGCAUCCUACAUUGAUGGAUAUCCCUGGUAAGAGGGGAGAGAUGCCACUCUACAUGGCUGCUUUAUAUGGAAAGCCUGCCAUGGUGAGGUAUCUUUAUGGUAUCUCUAACAAAAUGUCGGGCGAUUUUUGGUCACAUGAGAGUCGGGGAUGGGUCCUACAAAGAUGUGUUGAAGCUGGAAUCUUCGAUGUUGCUCUGAAGAUAGUGAAUGAUCGCCCAGAACUCAUUCUCAAAAGGGUAUUGCUUAAUAAAGUUUUAUUAGCUUUGGCUGAGACGAGAGAGGCAUUUGAUUUGAUGGAUGGAAGUAUUGUAUCCAAAAUCAACUCAAUUUUUGAAGUGCUUCAUAAGAAGGUGUGGCGCGUUGAAGACAAACACUACGCACUGGAAUUUUUAAGAGUAAUAUGGGGAAGAAUUGCCAGAAUGCCUAGGAGUGUAAUUGAUGAAAUACUCAAAGGGCCACAUAUUUUGAAGGAAGAUACAUUAAUAAAAGUCUACCCUUACCGAGUACUUUUUCAUGCUGCUAAAGUGGGCAACACAAAGUUUAUAGUUGAGCUCAUUCGACUAUAUCCUGAUCUAAUAUGGAAAACAGAUGACAAAAGGAAAACAAUAUUUCACUUGGCGGUCAAGCGUCGUCAUAUUGAAAUCUAUAAGUUGCUAUAUGAAAUUGGCGCUAUGAAAGAUUUAAUUACACCUAUAAAAGACAUAAAGGAUAAUAACAUGUUGCAUAUGGUCGCAAAGAGUUGUAAGCCAAACCGACUUCAAGAUGUGCCUGGACCUGCUUUACAAAUGCAACGGGAGUUAUUAUGGUUCAAGGAGAUAGAGCAAAUGAUCGAUCCCACCUGA